AUGUCGAGUGACGGAUGGAGAAACUGCGAAGAGCACAGUUCCUGGAAGCGCGAUAAAAUCAACCUUCGAAAUACAGGCACAGCUGUUUCGACAAUGUUCGGAUUCCACAUAGACUCAGACAAAGGCACCUACACGCAUGAGCUCUACUACGAACACAACGGGGAGAAAUUCCAAUGUCCCUCGGCCCUGAUCAGCAAUCUACUAAUCGACGAAUACGAAUUCCGAGUCUACAGUCAAGACAAACAGGCCAGGCUCGAUUAUCCAGAGACAGAGAACAGAUUUGGUUCGGACGAAGAAAACGGCUGGUCACAGCUGCCAACCAAAAAUAAAUCUAUCUUCCUACAACCCGAGCCCGUGAUUGCCAGAUGUGUCGAAUCCGAGUCAAAUCUCUACUACAGCGAGGCCGCUUUGCCCGGGAUACCUCUGAAAGAACUCUACGACGCCGUCCGCGAAGAUGAAAAGUGGUAUCUGCGAGAUGAGCUUGUCAAAGACUGCACUAGACGGGGUGGCUGCUGCGGCAAGGGCUGCGAUUGUUGCGAAGGCCGUCUGGAGGAUCCGGCUCGAAAGGGCCUCAGCGGACAUUGUACUCUGGGAUGUGCAUGCUGCCAGGAGAGGAACGAUUUCUACCCUACAAUUUUAGCGCUUGAUCAGUCCAUCGCCCGGGAAAGGAAGGCUCUGGAGAGUCAUAACCCGCAUCACCUUUUGCGUAUGGCGGAUGCCUACUUUCGGAAUCCUUCGUAUUUGCCCUCGUCACAGCAGCAGCAGCAGCUCCAGCUCCAACCCCAGCUUGUCUCAGCUUCAACCGAUUGGGCGGUAUCGCCGACAACAUCGGUUUCCUCUGAGCCAGUCGAUUCAUGGGGUUCGGGUUCUACGGUGACGAUUACUGAAGAUAGGGUUUCCAUCGAAGAAGAAGACGUGGAGGGGGAAAUAUCUGCUUCAGGCAUGCCCCUGAAUGAGGGAGAGGAGAAGUCUGGUCUGUGGUCGUGGUUCUCCUCUGGACGUAAGUGA